AGAAGAUGCACUUUGAGUGCAGAACAAGCAAAAUGUGAAGCACCAGCAGUGCUGCGUGGUCCUCGUACGUCGCAGCAAACACAACUGGAAACAGAGAAAUGGAGAAAACGCCUUCCAGAAGCGCCGCGUCACCAUGCCCGAAGGCAUCUCCGCGCGAUCGUGAAGCCAGUUCUUUUGCCGCGUCACCGAGACCGGUUCCGCGCCGGAGUGCGUCGUCGGCAAGCAUCAAAACCGGUGCCGUGGUCCCGCAGCUCAAAUUGUCGUCCGUCUCGGAGAAAAUACGUAUGACAUCAUAGACCCCCGUUCUUUAGCUGUUCUUUUUGACGUAAGUACAAUAAGAAAGACUCGUCGCUGCAGUCCUCGGUUGCGCUACCUUUCGGUUUCGUUGCAGCGCUUGUUGUAUGUAUCUCGCAUCGCACAUCGGCUGUAUUCUUCCACUGUUUCGACGAGUUUUGCAUUUUAGUAAACACAGCUGAAAGAGUCUCGCUCGCUGAUCUAUCGUUCCUCCGUUACUUCGACGUAAAUUUUUCCGUGGUUCUUCGCAUGGCGCGGAUCCUCUCGUCGUAGAACAUCUCGCUGGUGCUGGUCUAUUCUCGAUCUUUCCGCUCAUUCCUCGUACGAAUUCGAAUAGAAAUAACACAUUCUGCUGCAGUCGUCGUCAAGAACCGUAUUCGUGUUUGCACAUCGAAGUCUUCAGCUGUAAUUUAUCUCAUUCCGCUCGACACGUAGAGGUACUUAGAAGCACGAACAACGGGUGGUUUUUUCCGCCGGCCAAGGAGGCCGCGGCCGCGCAUAUGUCGCGCGUGAUCGGUCGUGUCUGUGGCGACAAAUCGGAGCUGGUGGCUGCCGAUAAUGAAGAUGAUGAUGAUCUUCAACAAGAACAAAUUCAAAGUGACCUGGCUGCAACGCCACAAAGUUGCACACCGUUGGUCCAAAAUGAAGAUGAAGAUCAACAAAAGUUAGAUGUCGUAAGAAAUAAUUUAUCAUCACCACGUUCAUCUGCAGGAGAUAACGAGUCAGAGACCGAGUCGCAGUUUGCGCAUGACGAGUUCGACCAGAGCCUACUGCAGCGGCUGGAGGAGCGCAACAGCGCCGCGUUGGAAGCCAGCAAGGCGCUUGCGUACCUGGAAAGCUGCAACAAGGCGCUGCACCAAUCUGCCAAGCAGUUUAACAAGCGCAACUCGUGCACCAAGCAGGACCUGCGAGGGGGGCUGGAGACGGAAACCCAAGACUGCUCGGAGGACGAGGAGGAUCAGCACGAUGACCUCUACAAUACGGACGCGCAGUCUAACGCGAGCCCAGUACGGCAGCCGCGGGCGGGAGGCACACAGCACGUGCCGGAGUGGCGUGACGUUUGGUCAACGAGCAUUUCCGAUAUCGGCCGGUACGGCGUUGGGUGCCAACUCUACUUCGAUUUUCUCAAGUGGCUCAUCCUCAUCCUCGGCGGCAUGGCCAUCUUCUCCUCACCCCUGAUGUACACCUGCCUGCACGGCACCAUGGUCUCCAGUCCCUUUGGCGCGCUCGCGCGAACCACAAUCGGAAAUUUGGGAGCCCUACCACCAGAUCUGAGUGCUGCUUCCUCCAAGGAGGAACAGAUUGAAAUGCUGCGGAACCGAAAAUUGAUGCUGGGUAAGAUGCAGAGCUUAUUUGGCUUUUUUGCACUUGCUCUUCCUCUUGCUUGUGUCGCCUGCAUAAUUUUUUUCUGAUCAAGGCGCCUUCUUGUUGCGAAGUGUAAGCUGUACGUGGUAGUCUCAUUGUCCUCCAUAAAUUCUAAUAAAACCUUGUGGUUUUUAAAACCUCUGCACAGGUGACCGCGAGUUUUCCAUGCACAAAUUCACCACGUUUUUUGGUUUGCUGGAUGGGUCGAUGAUUCUGGUCUUUUUCCUGUGGUCGUUUUGGUAUCGCAAAAAGCAGCUGAUCGCCACAGUGGAAACGCACGACGUUGCGAACACCACCCCGAACGACUACGCCGUUCACAUCGCGAAUCUGCCCUCUGCUAUCUGGAAAAACGGCGUCCGCCUGAGCUUGGACGAGUACGAAAGUCUGUUGAAGGAACACAUCGAGGGCGUUCUGCGAGCGAACGUGCAGCGUUACCGGGCGGAAAAGCACGGCGAGCUCGUUCGGCGCAAGAAAAGGGAACUGCUUUUGGAUCUGCGAGAGCAGCACAACGCAAAGUUGGAACAGGAACAGGAAAUGAACGCCGCCGCAACAAGCGGCUCUGCUGGUACUAGCACCCUCAAGACGAGGAUCAGCCGGACUGUUACGCAGACGUUGCGCGGCGGGGGCCCCGGGACGACGGCAGCCGCGGUCGGGAGCCAGAGAGGUAAAACUGCGUUCGGAAGUAGUGGUGGUGUCGAACACACCGAGAGGGCCUCCACAAAAAGCAGCGCCGCAUCCGCAGCCGCGCCGCCCGCCGUGCGCCCCAGCCUCCUGGCGCGUGGUGUGAGCGGUUCCAGCUCCAAUCUCGCGGAAAAGAAGGCCCAACAAACCGCUUUCUACUACGACGGCGGGGAGGUUGCGAAGCCAUCGGAGGAAGAGAACACGGAGGCGAGCAGCUCCGGUUUGGUGGACGAGGACGACGAAGAAGACGAGCCCACGGUGGCGAGCGACGGGGUGCUGGGGUUUCUUUACAAAACCGCAGCCCGCCGCGUCCGACAAGCGUUUGCCUCGGUGUCCGGUGUAGAAGCGGCCAACUACGGCAAGCGGCGGAGGAAGUCCUCGCUCGAUUCCGUCAGUCGCAGCAUUCGGCGGUACUUGAAAAUGGGAUCCUCCUCGACCAAUAACACGCUCAUGGAUGUGGACCCCACGGACAACGCACUGGACAUCAACCCGCACCGCCCGCAACCUGCUGCCGACGCACCCGCGGGGCAGAUCGUGCUCGCCGGUGGGUCGCUGCGCAAUUCCAAGGGCACGUCCUCUUCCCGCGAGCAACUUGAUGUGGCGCUGGCCGCCCCAGGUGGGACCGUUUCGCGGUCGCGUCAAUCCAGUAAGGAAAGUUGUGCAAACAUAGAGGUCGACCUGGAUAGCGAGAAUAACUGGCAGCCGGUGCCGGAGCUGCAGCUCGGAGAGUUUGUGUUGUGCUGCCGGGACCACGGCGCCAUGUACGCACUUGACGAACGCAUUCUGCUCGGCAAGAAGCGACGACGACUUCAGUAUGAGAUUCAGGAGCGCAAGAUGGAACUCACGUCCAUCGAAAACAUUUGCAAGCCCCGGAUGUUGACCGCGACUAACUCCACGACAUCCUCGGGAGAGAGUAAGCGUAACUCAAACCCGAACUCCGCAUCGAAGUUCUCGCUGGGCCGCGGCGGCCAAGAGGAGGAGGGCGCAGGUGGAGAGGAUGUCGACGAGGACCAGCGUUUGCAUGCUCUGCAACGCGAGUUACAGCAGCUCGAGCGACACAUCAAGCGGGUCGCAACGCGACUGCGGAAGCGCAUCGUGAGCCGCAAAGAAAAUGAGGUGGUGCGGGCCUUCGUAAUCUUCGACAACUGUCUGGACAAGGAGAUCUUUCUGUGGAGCUACCGGUACGGCGUACACACCGACAAGAAGGAGCUGCUAGGGAAAGUUGCGGGGAAUUCGGAAUUUCUGCGGAGCCUGUUUGGGUACGAUGUGCGCGAAUCGCCCCUGGCGUUCGAGGGGAAGCUGCUGAAGGUGACGCCCGCGCCCGAGCCCAGCAACAUCCUGUGGGAAAAUGUGGACGGUCUGCCGGACAACUUUUUCAAAGCGUUUCCGCGAAAGUACGGCGCCACCAUGGCCGCCGCGCUCUUGCUGUUCGUCAGUUUCGUUCUCGUGUUCUUCUGCGAGGUGCUACCCGAGGUGGGGUGGUCUGACGUGGACGCCUUCACGAUCGGUGCGGAAAAUCUGCUGGAUCCAUUACCGCUCCUGCGGGCCGACGAGGGAUUCAGCCCCGCUCCAUCGCACGAGUUUUUCGCGCGCGGCGGGAUCGAAUACGAGUUGACAAUGGAAGUCAACGUCCCUCUCCAGUUCGUCGUCACCGAACCUUUUCCGGUUCCAGCGCUGCCGAAUGCCGAGACAACAACAACAUCCACGUCGUCCGUGCUGCCAGCCGUACUCGCCACUACCGUGGCCGCUCCUGCCUGGUUGCCGUCAUGGUCCACGAGCGACGAACUCGCAGGCGUUACCGUGGAGCCUGCGCUUUCUCGUGCGAAAGUGGUACGCGAAGCCGAAUCGCACUUCCUACAAAACUUUCUUGGCGAGAACAGCCUGUUUACUGGGCUGGGGAAGACACUUUUUCCUUGGCUCUUUGUGCAUCCGGUCGGAGCUGCAGGAGAGGCUGUUACACGCCCACCGUACCUCGAAGGAGACGCAAGCAGCUCUUCCGGCGUAUCAUCGGCCACUGGAAACAGCCACACGACAAGUAGAAGCAGCGGUGUUGCUGCCUCGGCGGCCGAUUCGGGCUCAUCUGCGCGGCUCGUCGCGGCAAGCGAUUUGCGGCUUCGGCAGGGAGUGCAUUGUUCGAGUCUGCAGCUGUACUUAGGCCACCUGUUCUCCGCCACGCAAUUUUUCCAGGGCCGUCCCCGCGAGGAUCCAGUGGUCGCGGAAUCUUCAAGAAGGGCAACCAUAGCAGAGGUGGAGCUGCGUCAAAGUACCCCAGAGGAACAGGAACAAGCCGAGGCUGCGGCGGACGGGGAACGCAACGCGCCGUUUUUUUACUCCGCCAACUUGACGUCUCUCCUCCAGGAGGAGUUUGAACUCACCAGCAGUGAGGCGGUGGCGUGGUCUACUGCGUCGUUGCCUUGCUCCAAUCGGACCGUGAGCGAGCUCUUCCAGAGCUGUCUGGCGUCGUUGCACGCAGCGGUGCCGGACCAGCAGUGUGCUCACCUCUCUUGGAGUUACGAAAGUUUGCGUCGCAACCAGUUUCCUUUGAUAGAACAAACAAGCGUUAGUACCUUUUCGCAAAAUAGCAUCGCGGCCGACAACUCGAACAGCGAAGCGCGCGUUGAAGUCGCCACCUUUCCCUUGAUUCGACGCGAAAUUCGGGCCCGCUUUCGACACCGGGCUGGAAAUAACCAGCAGAUUGUCGGUUUUGGAGCAUCAUCACCUCCAAGCAGCGACCACGGGGAUAAUGCCGACCCUAUUGCGGUGCGACUUCUGAGCUCCCCCGUGAAUAUCACAGGCGUCUCCGUAUGCGACGGUGAGGAGUCUUGCGCCCCGGUCCGGCUCGCGGUUGUAAAGGAUCUAGCUUCACUUCGGACGUCAGCGAUGCCCGAGGACGCAUCUGCGCAGAACGAAACAGCGGCAGCGACACCAGAGGACGCAAGUGCCGGCGGCACAGUGGUCGAGCAAAGUACUACGGCCUACCAGCCUCCUACUUUCGCCGACCAGGCCAAGUUCUACACGAUUCCGACGUUUGACUGCGACACGGACGGUGCGACGCUGGAGUUGAGCGACGUACUGCUGUGGAACCGGCUGGGAAGCAGACUCCGCGACGGCCUGCUUCGCGCCGAAAACCACGACUUGACGGGCGUCGACCACUCGUCGCGCGCCCCCUACGCGGAGCGGGUCGUCGGGUGCUUCUGCGGGCAGCAGUCCUACAUGACCAUCGCGAGCAAUCAGCGCGUGCGGUCGCUGUGCCACGCGCACAUGCUGCGACUACUGCGGCAAACACUCGGGUUCGUCUUCGGCUCCUUCAUCGUUGUCGGCAUGAACGUCGUGCUGGAGCACUGCCUGAACGCGAUGAGCAUGUGGGCGCGGCCAUUGUCGAUCACGGCGCUGAACAACGCUUUGAUGUGGAAGCUGUUCCUGAUGGAGUUCGUCAACACUGCCAUCGUGAUUUUGUUGGUGAACACGCGGUUCGACUACAACGGGCCGUUGCUUGGGAAGGGGGACUACACCGACUUCGAAUUCGACUGGUAUGCCGACGUGGGUGUGGGGAUUGUUGUCACCAUGAUGAUCAACGUGUUCUCGCCGCACGUGGGCACCGUGCUCAAGGGCUACCUGCGCAAAAAGCGGCGCAAGCGACUGCUGCGAAGCAAGGUCAAGAUCGCGGAGGACAUGACCGAGCUGUACCUGGGCGCGCAGUUCGAGUUGGCGACGCGGUACUCCACCAUUCUGACCGUCGUGUUUGUCACGCUCAUGUACUCCGCGGCGAUCCCGCUGCUCCUCUGGAUGGCGACGCUGACAUUCACGUUGCUCUUUUGGUGCGACAAGUGGACGCUGCUGCGAACUUCGCGCAUCCCCCCGGCGCACGACGAGACCAUCGCGAAGGGCGUGGCGGAAGCUCUUCCGUUCGCGGUUCUGUUACACAUUUUUUUGGCCAUUUACAUGUACGGCCACGAUCUGGUCUUUCCCAGCCCGAGCUUCGCGCCCGACGACGAGCAACUGGCGGCGGCCGGAUUUUCGACCUCCGCCGGCGGCAGGGGCGCGGCAGACGACCAAGACGAUGACGCCGCGCCCUACGCGGACUACCAGGCGUCCUUGCGGUUCUUCCGGGCAGCCACUUUCUUUCUUUUCCUUGUCCUGGUCUUCGUGCUCGUGGUCAUGGCCCUGGAGCGGUUUGCGAUCCUUCUGCACGCGCUCGUGGAGAAGUUCCGGGCCGCCUACCAUCCGGUAUGAUAGCGCGUUAUUUCUUUUCGAGAUUGAGAAGAUGAUGGAAUUGUGUAAACCACAAACUUUCAUCUUCGUGGUUUACUUCUUCGUAUCUCUCUGACGGUGAACUUGAAGAUCUAAAGAUUUGAAUCUCCGUAUUAAAUUUCGCACAGCUGCUACGAGACGCUCAUCCGAACCUGAAACGUCGCUUGGAUGCUGUUGUGGAGGUUGUCCUUCGGCUAUCAUAUUGAAGAACUUUUCACCUGUCAAGUCAUGAUUACUUUUCCGAACUACAUGCAGUUCUGUGGAUUCGACUUGGAGCAGCAGCUCCAGCUGCCGCUACAUCAGCUUAGUACGACAUAGCAAAUUUAGGCUUAUUGAGUGGACGUACAAGUUUAAGUACUUAAAAGUCAGGGUACUUUUUGCGCUUCAUGUGGGCCGCUGCUGCGAGAUCUUCCUUGGGAAAAUGAAUAGGUGAAGGAGUUCUUGUCAAGCGUGAUAUCGCUUACUUACUUUUCUGAUCGGCGACUCAGCGGAAGACGACCUGACGGAGGGGCGGUACACGGAGCAAGUCGAGGGGAUGAAAAAGCAGCGAUUCUUGCACACCUACCGGCCGGAAGCCAACCUCAGCUACGCACGACGCUUCCAAAUGCUGGAUCGGCUGCGCGAAGGCCGAGGAGCUUCCGCGGCAACGCGACUGUCCGCCCGGAGUUCACGCGAAUCGGCUGCCGGACCGCAGGAAGGCGGAAGCCCGGGCAACAUCUUCACGGUGCAGAAGGGAGCAGAUGAUGAGACGGACGAGGCCUGCAUAGCGGAUCUUCACAAAAGAAGAUCUAGAAAACUCAGCCGGAGUGGAACAUCACAUGUGGACGAGGAGGACGACGACGAGCAAACUCGCGGCACGGAUCGGAAGAAAAAGAAGAAGAAAGAAAAAGAAGCAGCGAAACGCAUCAUUCGGGUGCCAGAAAUGGGUAUCUGUAUUGAGUUCAAGGAGGAGCCAUAGCCCGAAAAACUCCGACCGCGUGCGCGCUGCACAUGCCCUGGAACAGUCCUCACGCAAGUGGGGCGCCUUGGUGCUCGUCUCUACAGCUCUCGGGAAGGAACAGAGUGGUUGGGUCACGUUCGCACUGAAAUUUUCCAUCCCUGUACUUCAUCUUUUGACGCCCGACAUUCGGGUUCUUUCUCACUCUUCGCCACAAGCAAAAUCAAAAUGAAACGUUGGAAUCUUUCCAUGUACAAUUCACUCUUGACAACUGAGCGUAAGAUUUUUAGUGACCCGACCCUGUUUAGCUUCAGGUUUUACUUACAGCAAAUGAAAUUACCACACGUUAUUUGGCGGGGCCGGCUGAGGUGUGUCGAAUCUGCUUGUCGCUACGUCUUGCGAAAUAAAUGCGACCGUAGCAGUAAGUUGGAGUUACAGUGACGGGCGGUGCCGCGCUUCGAGGUUCGUCCGGUAGAAACAUGGCCAAAGUAUGGAUUGACUCGUUCAUAUCCAUACCCGAACGUACGAAGCGCGGCUUUGCUUGCCGCGACAAGGAACUUACUCUGUAGUUACAGAUGGAGGAUUCUACUGUACCAUCCUUGUACAAUGAGCGACCAGUAGUUUCAAUGUACCACAUUGCUCAGUUGUUUCCCAACGCGUUUUCAGCGACAGUAUUGGAAAUUGUUGCUGCGGAAAAAAAA